ACAGAGAAGGGGUCUGAGCGUGACCGUCAAAUCUACAAAUUCUCUCUCUCUCUCUCUCUCUCUCUCCUUCGCUCUCUUUCUCUCUUCCAUCUUCUCAGUUACUCUCUUUCUCCCUCUACAAAGCUCUCUCGUUUUUAAUAUUUUAUAUCUUCUAAAUUAAAUUCUCAUAAUUUAGAGAGUAAAGAGAAAGAAAGAAAGGUGAUUCAGUUCAAGAAAUUAUAAUCCGCGAUCGUUUUAUUUCUCGGGAAUCUCUCUUCUUCAAUCUGUGUCUUCUCUUUCCAGAAUAUAAUGUUCCAGAUUUUCAAGGACUGGUUCUUGAUUUGAUAUAAUUCUCACCUUCAGGAAAGAGGAUAAAGAAAAAAGAAAGGGGGGGAAUGGAGGGUGACACAUUUUCUGGUCUUGGCAAUGGUACUCAGAUAGAUGGCAAGAUCUUGCAGACAUUUCAGAAGAAUUUUGUUCAGGUCCAAAACAUUUUGGAUCAAAAUAGGUUACUCAUCAAUGAGAUAAAUCAGAAUCAUGAAUCCAAGAUCCCUGACAACUUGAGCAGAAAUGUGGGUCUAAUUAGGGAGCUCAAUAAUAACAUCAGAAGAGUUGUUGACCUUUAUGCUGAUCUCUCUACUUCCUUCACCAAAUCAGUGGAUGUUUCUUCUGAAGGAGAUUCUAGUGGGGUUUUGAAAUCUGAUGGCAAAGCUGGUCAUAAGAGAAAUAGGCCUGCAUAGAGAUAAAGUUUUAUGCUUUCUUCAAUUCUUUGCUUGGUGGGGAAACAAGAACAAAAUUUCACUAUUGCCUGAGGUAGUAGAACAUGAUCAUUAGAUUCUGUAACUUUUCUUUUUCUUUUUUCCCUUGUAUCAGUGAAUUAUCUCUAGUUCUCUCCACUUCUUCUUCUUCUUCUUCUUCUUCUUCUUCUUCUUCUACCUUUCUUUACAAUUUCUUCUUAGAGAAAUAAUUGGACAAAAUUUCUGUCCGAUUAUAACUGUGUAGCCUUUGAUCUAAUUGAAAUCAAGCAUGUUUCUGCUA